AUGAGGGAUGUUGCCACUGGAUCUGAAGUCUUACCUGCCGGGGGAGACGAGCCGUCAGCGAUCAGGGAUGUAGCCACGGGAAUCGGUUUCGUACCUGCUGGGGGACACGGGCCGUCCGCAACUAGGUGUAUUGCGACGGGAUCAGAAAUUGAACCUGUCGGGGGAGACGAGCCGUCAGCAAUGAGGGAUGUUGCCACUGGAUCUGAAGUCGUACCUGCCGGGGGAGACGAGCCGUCAGCGAUCAGGGAUGUUGCCACGGGAAUCGGUUUCGUACCUGCUGGGGGACACGGGCCGUCCGCAACUAGGUGUAUUGCGACGGGAUCAGAAAUCGAACCUGUCGGGGGAGACGAGCCGUCAGCAAUCAGGGAUGUUACCACGGAAUCGGAAGUCUUACCUGCCGGAAAGUAUGUUUCUUUCUUCCACCAGGACACUGAAAUCGACUCCAUUCGUCUGUCGGGAAACACCUACACGGAUGGCGACGGUGAUUCCCCGGACUGCAUCUGCGUGCCGAGUAACCUUUGCCGAACAACCCUGACCGGCGAACAAGCAAGAGACAGCCUAUGCGGAUCUGGACAAACCUGCUGCCGGAAGCAUCACAUCAUCACUCAACAUCAUCCCCAUGCUGCAACUACUACAGCUCCUCGACCAAUCAAACAUGUAACACCAAUUGCCCUGCAUGCCCCAGUGCUGCUCAUAGAUCUUCCAGUGCUGUCAGAUAGUCCAAAUCAGUCGCUGCUCUUGGAGAUAUCUGCUCUACUUCAGGAGUUCAAUACUCAUGAACAUCCAUUAGAGCCCGACGCUGAGUUCGUAUUUGACAUAACAACCUCUAUUCCGAGUCCUACAUCCACACCUCCAUCGACAACACCUUUCAAACCGAUAGUGUUCUCCGAUGCACGACCGACUCCAGCAACCACCAAGACCACAUCAUCCACCACCAGAACAACGACUUCAACUUCAACCACCACCACUACCCCCAGAACUACCCCAAAAGCUACACUCAAACCAAAUCUACCACCGAAACCUAAAAAGUGUGGACAACGUCGGCUAGCUAUUGCUAGUCGCAUACACUUCCAAGACUCGGAGGAGGUCAUUGAAGAACCCCUAGAUGGUACGGUUAACCUUGGCGAGUUCCCGUGGACCGUCUAUCUCGAGGAGCGCAUUGGCAACGGUAGUUUCCUAUACAAAUGUGGUGGGGCACUUAUAACGUCCGGUGCCGUGGUUACUGCUGGGCACUGCAUCGCUAACGCACGUGAUUACCCUGAGAGAUUCCAAAUCGUAGCUGGUGAUUGGGAUCGUCGUCAUAAUCUGGAACGAUUGCCAAGCCAGAGGAGAUCAGUCGAUCGCAUUAUCCUGCAUCCCGAGUACUACUCCGGUUCCCUGUACAACGACAUUGCAGUUCUCAUUCUAGAUGUCCCUCUAAACGAUUCCCUACCGAAUGUGGGUAACGUUUGUCUACCUCCGCAAGAUAGUGACUUCAACGAUAGCAACUGCCUACUGACUAGUUGGGGAGCCACUCCAAACAAUCCCGCGAAUGAGGAAUCCAUUCAACGGUUCGUCACUAUGCCGCUGGUGGAGAACUACGCCUGUGAGGAGCGUUUGCGGGCGAAUUCUACUUUGGGCAGACGGUUCCGAAUGCAUCGGAGCUUUCUUUGUGCAGGUGGAAAAGUCGGACUGGACUCGUGCAAGGGUUCCGGUGGUAGCCCGUUGGUGUGCCAGCGAAAUGGUUCCUACGUGCUGGCGGGGAUAUUGUCCUGGGGUGUCAGUUGCGGAGAAGGAGUUCCAGUUGUGUUCACGAAUGUGGCGAUCCAGUCUAGUUGGGUGACCAGAGUGAUUGAAAGUUUGGAUGAUAAUGUUGUUCACUUCCUUUAGUAAUGCAUGAGCAACUUUGGAGGGUUGACAAGAAUGCCUGGGGUAUUUUGUCUCGUGAUUUUAUGAUAUUUACUAAUAGACUUAAGUAUUUUUAAGACUUGGACUUGAUAAAGAAUAAGGUGUUAACACUUACUCGCUUAUUUAUACACAAAUGACGGUAUGAAAUUAUGUAAAUAAACAAAACUGAAUGCA